CUGCGCGUCACGCAACGCACACAGCGGAAGACCCCUCUCGCCCCUGUGCCGUCAUCGGGGUCUUCGGUGAAACAACGGACGCCAAGUAGGCACUUGUAAUCAUCGCAGUCUAGUAUUUUUCGUGCUGCACGAUAAAGAUGAUAAAGAACAGAUGGCGGUAAAAACAAUACACAGGAAGAGUAACGGGAAAACGUAAAAGACUCGUUGUCAGAGUCAGUUGUAGGGUGGUAAAUUGAGCAGGAGAAGACAGAGAUAUAAAGGAGGGAGAAUGAGAAAGACACUGACGAACAAAUGGCAAAUAGGGAAAUGUACGAACUGCAAGGACAUAACCUUUGUCUCCGGACGCGUUUUGUAAAAUGUCACAAAUCUUUUACGAAUAAUGGCUGCAAAUGUCUGUUUCUCGUCUAAAAAGAAAUAAUGCUUGAUUUCUAGAGAGUUUUCUGAAUUCUGAAUUGAAAAAGUCGAUCUUGCAGAAUCGAAUACGAUGGUUUUCGUUUGAAAAAUAAACGACUGAAAAUACAAAGUAAGAUGAAAUAAUUAUGUUGCCUUCGACUGGUUACUUUAAAGCUAUCAACUGUCCGUUCUACGAAAGCGGAUCUUGCGAUAGACCUUACUGUCAUUUCAAGCACUCGAAACGAGAAGAUGCCGUGGUUACGACGGAGACAGCGGAGACGCUGGAAAGUCAUUCGAGUCAAGUUCAAGAAGCAAAAGCUGCACCGGUACGAUCCGAUUCGGACAUGUUACAACAACUGGUGACCGAAGCUGUCAAGAAAGUUCUUGCUAAUCAAGAAGUAACGAGUACGGAUAAAUUUUCAUGUCAGAAUGUUGUUUCUCGUGUAGUCGAAGGGCUAAAACCUUCCUUGAAUUCUGGAACUUCUGGUAAAUUAGAAAUUGUUACAGCAAGUGCAGCGGAGGAAGGAACGGAUGUAUCAAUGUCGAUUAAUAAGUCUAUUCCAUGCGUUUACAAUCCUACGCCAAUCGCAGAAUUGAAAAAACGUCAUAUACCGAUAAUAUCUUACAUGCCAACCAGGGAAAGCAGAGUUGCCGUGAAACGUAAAUGUUCCCCUGAAGGAGUUAAGCCGUGGCUGGGUUCAGAACUAACGGAUUCUCAAGCUGCCGAAGCCAAGUACAAACCGACUACGAUAGUGAACACGAGUACUCGGGACACUACUCAAAGUUACAUACCUACGUGUAAGGCUGAUCCAGUUUUGUUGAAUUCAAUGGAAGAUGGAAAUUCCAGCGACUACGCGCUUAAACUCGGAGAAGCAUAUUACCCGAAAAGUAAGAAGAGAAGGGAAGAGUAUGUUCCAAAGAAAAUCAAGGCACCUCUGAAAAGUAUAGAGGGUCUAAAGGACUCUGCGGUAUACGAUUUUACAGGAGGAUUUAAUACAGCGAAUCAAGUAUCUGCGAAUGCAAGUCCUUCUUCUAAUUUUCAAAGAAACGAUGAAUCCGAAAAGUUCUACUCCGAUUUAGAGCCAAAGUUCUCAGAUGACGAAGAAGAUGUUAAUAACAGUCGGGACGAUGUUGGGCAUUCAGAUUGCGAUUCGAGUAAAGUUAACGGCGAAGGUGUCGAUGACACGAUUACAGAACAAGGUGAAAUAUACGAUGACGCUAACAGCGGUUAUUUAAAUGACGAGCAAAGUACGCGUACGUGUUCCACAAAAAUAAGCGUGAACGUUGACUACAUUAAUAAUGAAAAUUGUGAUGGGAAAGAUUCGAAGGAUAGCAAUAUUUUGACGCAAGAAGUUUCGAUUGGUAAAGAGUCGUUGAAAAGUGUGACGUGCGUAAAGGGACAAGGUUCGGAAACAGAUGCGAGUAAAGGGGCCGAGAAAACUGUAAGAUACAAGUGUAAAAGGUCGAACAAAAGUAAGGAUCCAAAGAGUUACGAUAAUUCUCGUAAGCACAGUACAAGGUACAAGGAGGGGCAUAUUUCCGUUGAGAAAUCGCAUUCCGCUUAUCGCGGUACGAGCAAGGAUGAAAGUCAUCGUAGAGGCGAGAGUAAGGAUUUGAAAAGCAAGGAUCGCGAGAGAAACAAGUAUAGAGAGAAGAACGAAGAAAAACAUCGAUGCAAGGAAAGAAACAGAGACAGAAGCGAAAAUAGACGCAAGAGCAAAAGCGGUAGGAGAGAUUCUCGUGACUCGGGAAAGCAUCGAGGUGCUCGUGACUCUUCCGAGUCUUCGAAGAAAGAGGAACACGUUAAGAAACGACGCGGUGGAAGUAAGCGUUCAAGUUUUAGUGGUAAAUCCGACGACGAUGAGAAAACGUUCGGACAAUCGUCUAUUCGUAGAGAAGAGAACAACGAAGAGAGGAAUUCGGUGGAGAGGCUUGCGAGUCCCUCGGAAAGUAUUCGAUCGAAGCUAGACGGCACUGCUGACGAGGAAACCGAUGAGCGUCGUAACAGUAUCGUUGGUAACGAUAUAGAGGACGUAAUUAUAAGUGGAUCCGACUCGGAUCACGACGUGCAAGAGGAGUGCUUAAAAAUAUUUCAAGAAUAUCAAGUGUCGGAACGAUCGAAGGUAACGGUAUCGUCGAGAGAAUCGUCGAGAGAAUCCUCGUCGAAGCAGGAAAAAGAGCAAAACGAAGAAUUAGGGAGGAGAAGGGUAGCUCACCCUUCAGCGGCCACGUGUGUUACCAGACAGACUGUUGAUAAUCAGCUGCCCAAAAAGCUGGUAAAUCCGCAACAAAAAAUGUACGAAAGGUGGCGAUUGAUGAGAGACGUUGUAGCAGAAAAGGCGGUUCCCGUGGCUAGCAAUGUUUCUGUUUCCAAAGAUGUACAACGGCGAAAUCACGUUGAAGCAGCAGGUGCGGCAUCUCGUGUCAGAAUCGCGCAUGUGCCGUAUGCGAAAUCUUUAGCGAUUGAGAAGAAAAAGAUGACGGAGAACGCGGAGAAAUCAACGACUAUCAAAGUAGCAAACAAUUCGAAGACAACUGCGCAAACUGCGAAAAGUGGAGUACGCGUCGCUCAUGUUCCUCAAGCGGUUCCUCAGCUAAUCCGACCUGAACCGUUGCAAGUGACCACGCAGAAGUUUCCCUUAAAUGUUCGCCAGUAUUACGUGAACAUAAUGCACGACGUGUGCGUACAGAUCUACACGAAUGCCGAAGAUGCCGCGCAACGCGCGAUUAAAGAAGAAUACGCUUGCCACGAGAGAUGCAAAGCGUUGGCCGUCUAUAAAAGCUCUUGUAUGCUCGCUGCGCAUAGAUUAAGAAAAGAAAUUGAUCAGAGUUUAUCGACGGAAAAUAAUACGAGCGCGACGACAGCAGGUAGCAGCGUGGUGUCUCACGAGGCGGUGCUGGCUGGUAAAGCGAAAGGUUCUUGGAGCGUUUUGAAAACGAAGCGAUCCGUUACCGAGUUCCGAGGAACGAAGCUCUAUAACAUGUUGAAGAAAUGGAUAUUGAGCGAAGAACAGCUCCGAGACAAUGGAUUUCCUCGGCCACAUCCGGACGGACAAAAAGGCCGUGCAAAAAUCUACGUAACAAAUUCACGGAAUCAGAAUGCCCUGUCCAAAGUGCCUAACGAAAGAAUUUGUAGCCGAUGCGGUCAAGCAUAUACGAUAGACAAACAAGGAUUCCCUUUGCGACCGCAGAACUGUAUAUACCAUUGGGGUAGAAAAUUCACGGUGAGGGGCGAGGGCAAGUACAGUUGUUGUCAGCAAUACGGCUCUGCUACCGGUUGUUGCGACGCAAAGACGCACGUUUGGGAGUAUACCGACUAUGAAAACCUUCGUGGAUACGUGAAAACUUUGCCGAAAGACAUAUCUAUCGAAGAACAAGGAAUUUACGCCCUUGAUUGUGAAAUGAGUUAUACGACGCAAGGUUUAGAAUUGACCAGAGUAACGGUCAUAGACGAGGAUUGCAGUGUAGUAUACGAGACAUUGGUUAAACCGCAGAAUCCUAUAAUUGAUUAUAACACAAGGUUUUCUGGGAUUACGGAGGAAAGCAUGAAGGACGUGACGACAACGUUGCUAGACGUUCAAGCGACCUUGCUCACCAUGUUUUCGGAGAAAACAAUAUUGGUGGGUCACAGCCUAGAGAGCGAUUUCAAAGCUUUACGACUGCUGCACGACACAGUGGUCGACACGAGUGUAAUGUUUCCGCACAAGAACGGUUAUCCGCAAAAGAGAGCUCUGAAGAAUCUUUGUUCCGAGUAUCUAAGGAAAAUUAUUCAAAACGACGUCGGUGGACACGACAGCAAAGAAGAUGCUGUCUCUUGUAUGGAAUUGAUUCUGUGGAAAGCGAAGGAAAUAGCAAAAUUGCAGUGAAGAAAUCUCCGAGUAAUUACAGUCAGACUGAUUCGUUGUGUACAGCUUAGAUUGUUACGUUUCGCGAAACCUUGGCAGCCAGGUUCAGUCCUUCGUUAUUGAGCCAGCCAGCCCAUUUCAAACCUACCGAUAUAUCGUAUGUAUUGUAUGAUAAUUUUUCAUGUAUAAAUACCCGAUACACGUGUAUCGAAUUAACGUGUACUCAGCUGUCAUUGAGUCGCCGUUCCAUUUCAAGUCGAACCGAGUUAUAUUUCGAUCGCCGACUUUCGUUUACCAGCUCUGUAACCACCGACGAGAAUUCUAGUGGCGUCGAGAUUCGUACCAUGAACGUACGGCGUAACGUUUCUAUUUAUAAUACUCGAUACCGUUGAACAUCGUGGUUGAUACCGAUACGUACGCGCCGGCCAGUGCGUACGUAUACUUGUCUCGGUUAGCAUCGAUCGCGAUAUUGGUGUCGAUGAAAGUUAGUUUUGCUGAUGCGUCGCGUCGGUCAGUACCUUUCUCAGUGAUUUCAUUCGAACCGAUUGCACUCACAGUCCUACGGUAAUAGAAAUAGUUUGUUUAUUAGCGAGUAAUUCGUAUCGGUCGCGCGCAAUUCGUACUUUUAUAAGAUUUCGUUAUCGUCUGCGCCUUAGAUUCUUGGGUCGUUCGGGUAUAAGCAGAACGAUGUAGGGGUACCAACGUUGCGUGUGUUUACUUUGAGUGUCUCAAAAAUUGUACCGAGUGUACAUUUAUUUUUGGAGAUUAAACGUCUCUCAAUAAACGAAUAUAA